AUGACUUCUCCGAAUUUCCAUGAUUCGUCCGUCCUGUCGAGUUCCCCUGCCUCCGUCAGAGCCGCUUCUCCCGUUCGACGAAGGGACAAUAGAGAAAGCCUAUGUCAGACCGACGUGGUGGAGCCUGGCUCCCGUCCGCAUAUCUCGCCGACGCUUAUCCGCUCUUAUGACCCGAAUGACCUAGAAGUGAGGGAGAGGCAGAGAACGCUGGAUGUGGACAUGGCUCUGCAUCUGUCCAGGGCCCGGAGAGAGACUAUAACGACGCCUGCAACAUCAUUACCAUAUGAAUCGGUACCCCACCCUGAGGCAAAACUCCCAUUCUCCCACUUCUCCGCCAUCGAGGAACACGACAUUGAUGUCGCUCGUGGAGACCGAAUUUUCCGCAUAGAUCAUGAUUGUGUGAACGGGGUUUCUGAUGGGCUGCACUCCCCACGAUCUCUAACUCCUAUCGACUUGCGGAUGCAGCACCUUGACCAAACCCAUGACCCAGCGCUUCUUACGACUAUGGGAGGUGAGUACCGACCGAUUCGUGGCGAAUCUUCUAUGCCGGGGCUUCCGGUGUAUCAACCAAAUGCAAACCAACCUGUCUUCACCUUUGCCCAUCUGGAGGCCUUUGCGGCUCAAGAAAAGGCAGAACUAGGUAUAUCAUCACCCACGAAUACCCAUGGUUCAGGAUUCCGGCUGUACCAUCCACACUUUCCACAGAGCGGCGGUCCAGAGUUGACCGCAUCUCCACCUGGUGGAGCUCCUCCUUUUGAAGCCGGACUUGACUCCCCUUAUCGCGGUAAUAUCCGACAGCGCAAGCUCAGCCAGAGUAGUCCCGUCCCUAGGCAACACCGGAAAGGCAUCCGGGGCAAGAUGGCCUUAUUUGAGAACCACGGCGGAGAUCCAAACUUCACUUUUCCGAGUCGGCUGACGGGACUUAACAACUUGAGUGCCAUCCCAUCCUCGGAGAAUGUGGCAGGAAACCAGUACAACGCUGCAGGGAUGGGUGGGAUCAUGUCACCCGGUCAUGACAGACCAUACCGAUUCUCGUUUUACUCCAAUGCGUUGUCUGCCACCAUUCAUGCACGAAGUCUCAGCGAACUUCCUGCGGACGGACAGUCUUUUGAAGAUUUGUUUACUGGCAUACCUCCUCCUGACCACCCGCAAGACACAAAGGGUGGUUCUGCCCCUGUUCCCGUGCCACUACCACACCAGGGUCUGGCUUCUGUUCAGGAUACAAACAAGCGCCCAGGUCCUCCGGAUUUUGUACCCAGCCACAACGGUAGCUAUCAAAACGGUAGCUAUCAUGGUCGCCCGGAGAAGGGCGGGGCUGGUAAUCCAGGCCCACCAAACGGCCUCGGGGGCGGUGGCGAGCUUGAGGGGAAUACGUGGUGGCUAGAUGUCCUAAGCCCGACAGAUGAAGAGAUGAAGGUUCUGAGCAAGGUCUUCUCUAUUCACCCUUUAACGGCUGAAGACAUCCAGAUGGAGGAAGCUCGCGAAAAGAUUGAAUUGUUCCGGAACUACUACCUUGUCUGUUUCCGGAGUUUCGACCAGGAUCCUUACAGUCCUACGCACCUGGAGCCCCUGAACAUGUACAUUAUUGUAUUUAGAGAGGGAAUUUUAUCUUUCCACUUCCGCCCUACCCCACAUCCGCAAAACGUCCGCCGGAGAAUAAAGCAGCUGAAAGAUUACAUUAACGUCACAUCGGACUGGAUCUCGUACGCGUUGAUUGAUGACAUCACCGAUGCCUUCGGUCCUCUAAUCCAGUCCAUUGAAUACGAAGUUGACUCUAUUGACGAGCUCGUCCUUAUCUUGAAGGAGGCGGAGCAAAGUGACAUGUUGAGGAGAAUUGGAACGUGUCGCAAGAAGGUCAUGGGGCUGUUGCGCUUGAUGGGCAAUAAGGCGGAUGUAGUAAAGGGGCUCGCGAAGAGAUGCAAUGAAAACUGGAGGGUGGCACCAACGUCAGACAUCGGUCUAUAUCUUUCUGAUAUCCAGGACCACUUGAUAACGAUGACGCAAAAUCUGAAUCAUUACGAAAAAAUUCUGUCCCGAUCGCACUCCAACUACCUGGCACAGAUUUCCAUCGAGAUGACGGAUGCCAACAACCAGAUCAACGAUGUCCUCUCAAAGAUGACUGCGUUGGGUACAGUGCUUAUCCCGAUGAACUUGGUAACAGGUAUAUGGGGUAUGAAUGUACACGUUCCAGGCCAGGAUGAUCAGAUCAGCUAUCAUUGGUUUGCUGGGAUCCUUUCCGCACUUGCAGCCUUCGGCAUUAUUGGCGGGUACACCACAUAUAAACUCAUGGUCAAACGAUGA